AUGGAGAGAAGAAUACAGAAGAUCUCUGAAGAUGUACAACAGCGUGUUAGAGGCGGAUCAAUCGCUCCUGACAUCGGCGCCAUCCUCCUCCAGCUGAUAUACAACUCAGUGGAUGCAGGGGCAGCGAUGAUUGCGAUAAGGGUGGAUCUUGAGAACAUGCUCGUCCAGGUGACAGAUGACGGGCAUGGGAUCGUGUCUGCCGACAUGUACAACGUUGCGAAGAGGGGAUACACAAGUCGUCUGAGGGAGAAGAGUGAUCUGGAGAGGAAUGACUUCCAGUACUUUGGUUAUCGAGGAGAAAGUCUGUCGUCCAUCUCUGAGUUCUGUGAGCUGGAGAUCACAAGCAGAAACAUGCACGAGAAAGAUUCUUUCCGCAAGGUUAUGAAAGGAGGGAAAGCUGUGUCGUUUUCAAGUCUUGUGGGUUCAGGGCCUGUUGGAACAAGUGUAGUCUGCCGUGAUCUCUUCUACAAUCGUCCAGUAGCACGAAAGAUCAUAAGCAAGCAGAUUGCAGACAUGUACACGAUGAAAUCACGCCGGGUUGUCAUCAUAGAAAACUUGUCUUCACUCAUCCGAUCAUCGACAGUUGCACACCCGGCGAUCUCAUUCUCUCUGCACUUCUCCCCCAACUUGCAACCUGACUUGGAUCUCCCGAGGAGCCGCGAUGUGCUGAGCUUGCAGAGGGUUGGGAAAGCCUUUCCCCCUCACGAGAUGUUCAGGUUCACGACAAGGCAUGCGAGCUUCUCUCUAGAUGUUUUCUUUGGUUCCCCUUGGAUGAACAGUCUUCCUCGCAGCAAAGACUUCCAGCUCGUGUUCUUCAACAGGAGGUUCAGCUCAAGAAACCCAGUUCACAAGCAUGUCAACCAACUGUAUAAGACGUGUUGGAACUCAUUUCACCCAAUUGCUGCUCUUGAGAACACCCACGUUCGAGAAUUCUUCAAGUUUUUCCCGCAGAGGAAGAAGAGGAGAGCAGAAGACAACUCGGCAGUGGCUCCAUGCAAGAGAUAUCCUGUCUUCGUGGUCGACAUCCAGUGUAGCCCUUUGGAUUGUUCGUUUGCAGACUGCGAUCAUGGAGCAUUUGUGGAGUUUGCACACUGGGAAGAAGCGUUCAAGUGCUUGGAGAGUCUGUUCAAAGAGUUGUGUGAGAAAGUAAAGACAAUGGACAAUCAGACGUCGAAUGUUGAGAUGAAUGAAAACCAACCCCGCAAUCUUGCUCCAUCUGUCAAAGCCAACGAUGAUGCGGAAACAAAGUUGUUAGAGAGGAUUGAGAAGCUUUCAUAUCGCAACGUCAACACCAGCUGCCUUGAAGGUGAAGACAACGUGUGA